GUGAGCUAGGUUUAUAUAUAUGCUUUGUUUAAAUGUUGUUUUCUUUUUAUUUUCAUGCAUCUGAAACAUUUCCUUUUCUGUGUAGGUUGGACAGCGGUAGCCACAUGGAGGUGGGUGGCUAAUGACGAGAACUGUGGAAUCUGUAGGAUGGCAUUUGAUGGCUGCUGUCCCGAUUGUAAAUUACCAGGGGAUGAUUGUCCACUAGUUUGGGGGGAAUGUUCUCAUUGUUUUCAUAUACACUGCAUUGUUAAAUGGCUAAAUUCCCAGCAAGUUAAUCAGCUCUGUCCCAUGUGUCGACAAGACUGGAAAUUCAAAAGUGACACGGAGAUGCCUGCUACCUGAGUGAUUGGAUACAUUGUACGAGACUCCAGCUUUACUGUAUGUUAUUACAAUGGUGCAUCACAAUUAAUUUGUAAAACUUCAAGUAUGAUAGUAUUCUGGAGAUUUUAAUGUACUCAGCAGAUGUGUUCGAAUUUAUAUUCUGGUUACGUUCAUGUACAAAAAAAUUAAACAAUGUUGCAAAGAA